UUUCAUUCCAGCCCAUUUUCAUCUCUGAAACCAAGUCGACACACCAUCAACCAAGGAGCUCCCUAGGCCAUCGUAGGAAACAGAGAACACCGCCCCCAGGCCGUCGCAGGAGCAUACGACACCACCCCCAAAGAGGCAAAGACGUCGCCGUCACCUCUGGGACAGGGUAGAUAGACUGCCGCUGCCGCCCUCACCCAUGUCUUCUUCCUACGCCUCCCCUCUGACCACUGUCAAGGUCGUGGCUGUGGCAAUUUCGCCGCCGCCGCCGUCGCCGCCCUAUUUUGGGCUAGGAUCUGGUGGUGUUGGGGCUGUUGGGGCUCGAGUUAGGCAGGUAGGUGGUUGUUUGGGCGGCUCUGGGGUCACGUGGUGCGGCGGUGUAGUGGUGGAAUGCGGCAAUGGCGUGACAGUGGUGGUAGAAUGUGGUGUGGCGUGGAAAUUUACCGGAGUGCGGUGGCCGGAGCAAUUUGUAAGUCAUUGUGAAAUUGUUGCUACAAAGAUGUCACCACAAACUUUUCACUGUGGUCGGUGGUGGCCGGCGGCGGUGGUCAGAUGGCGAAGAUGUCACUGUGGUGUGUGGUUAGAGGUUGGGGCUCACUAUAGAGUUGUCAAUGUCGAGUUGUCACUGUGACUGGCGACAGUGACCGGCGAUGUUGGCGGCGGCCUGUGGCGGCGGUGGUGACCGACGACGUUGGCGGCGACCUGUGGUGGUGGCAGUGGACCGUAACUUUGGAAAUAUCACCGUGGAAGUAUCACUAUGGACGUGUCACUGACUCACUGUGGAACCGUAACUGUGACCGGCAACAAUCACCGGUCGGCGGCGAUCCCUGACCGGUGGCGGGUUGGUGUCACUACGGCGGAUGUCACUUUGGGGGUGUGACUGUGGCGGGUCAUGUAACUAUAAGACAAAGUAACUACAAAGUAGG